AUGGCGGAGGUUCUGGAGAACCCAGUGAUCAAGGGUAACAUCCAAGGCGGCAUCUGGCCGCGCAUGCCGAAAGAAUUAGAGUCCUACCUCUUUUACAAAAUCACCGACGUGGAGAGAUUCAGCCUUGAUCUCAGCGAUAUUAUCGAAGAUAUCACCACUGGCCUAGGGAGUGAAAAGCAUCUGGCAGAUAUUGCUAAGGCAAAGGAAGCUGGCAAGCCCAUCAUUCCCAUUAUGUGUAUGAAUGUCGCAUUUACCCAGAAGGGGUUGGAGAAGCUGGGUAGAGCAGACAUUGACGACGCACUCUACGAGAAAGGAAUGUACAGCGAUCUUAUUUUCGAGGGUGCUGACUGUUCGGAGAGAACACUCCCAGAGUUCAAGCCUCCGCCUGGACACAACUCUGAAGAUGAUAGUUGGCGCUGCGAUUUGGUCUUUAUCGUAGCUGCUUCGGACGAGACAAAAUUGAAUGAAGGUAUCGCGAAAAUCAAGAACAAGUUCCAUCUGAGAGAUGCGAACAAGGCUAGUCUGGAGUUGGUAGUCGAGAAGAAUAGACAACGUCGGCCAGGACGCCUUCGCGGCCGGGAGCACUUUGGGUUCGAGGACCAUAUCUCACAGCCUCGAAUCAAAGGAUUAGAUCCAGAGCCAGGGCCGCGUGAGCCGCUUUCUUGUCCUCCAGGGUACAUUUUUGUUGGUCAUGACGGGGACCCAAGAAGAAAACAAAUGCCCCCUUGGUCCUAUGAAGGCAGUUUCCUUGUUUUCCGUCAGCUAGACGAGAAAGUUCCUGAAUUCAACAGAUUUGUCAAGGAUGCCGCAAGAAAAAUCAAAAACUAUCAGGGAGACAAUGGUGCCGAGAAGCUGGCCGCCCACAUGAUGGGCCGCUGGAAGAGUGGUGCACCUGUGGCUUUGACUCCGGACCACGACGAUCCAAAGCUUGCAUUCAGAAAUGACUUCGAUUUUCGACCUAAACAGAGCAUUUUGGGAUGCCCUUUUGCCGCGCACGCCCGAAAAAUGCGCACCAGAGCGGACCAUAAGGGCGAUAUUGGCGAUGAUGAUGAUUUCGUCGAGGGGCAAUUCACUGAUCCACAAAAGAAUGAUACCAGCAGACCCCCGGGUGUUGAGGCUGAGGUUGACGACAGUGACGAAGAGCCUGACCGGGAGCCCGACAAGGAAGACGCUAGCGUCAUCUUGCGCCGAGGUAUCACGUUCGGUCCUGAGCUUGGCAAAGAUGAAACGGAGAAGACCACCAAGAGCCGUGGUAUGUAUUUCACCUGCUACCAGAGUGAUAUUCGAGAUGGCUUCAACCUUCUCAUGACUCGUUGGGCCAGCAACAGCGUUUUCCCUACGUCCAAGAAGAGAGCUUCGGAGCAUGGUCCAGGAAUGGAUCCGUUCAUCAACCAGAGACAGCGUAAAGAUCAUCCCGAAGGUCACAUCUGUCUCUACGAUGGGGAGAAUAAAGAUAAGACCCACAAGCUUGACCUUGGUACCAGUCCUUGGGUGGAUCAGCGAGGCGGUGAAUAUUUCUUUACCCCUUCCAUUAGAGGCCUGCAAUGGUUCGCCCACGCCCCCAAGAAGUAA